CCUGCUGCGACUCCUUUGAUUUUCCCGCGGAGGUGCCGGCUCUUUUCGCGCCCGUUCCGGAACGCCGUGUCACACCUAAACGGUGAUGAUCUCAACGGCGCGCGCGCGCAGUAUCGGAGCACGGAAUCGAGGUCGGGCGAGAGUUUCCGACACGGUGCGCGGAGCCGCUUCGCUCGGCGGCUCGCCGAGGUGAAUAGGACGACGACAACGACGACGGUGAUGACGAGGUCGACGACUGUCAGCGCGAAAGACGCGCUCAUUAACCGCGGACGGGGAAGAAGAGCGUGUGCUACCGCAGGGCGGCUCCGGUAGCAAUUUUGAGAGCGACAGCGCGUCAUGCGACAGUCUUAGGGGCACGCAGAGACGAGGAGUGGGACGGGAUCUACGAUCAGUAAGCGGCUAAAACGUCGAAGAUGCUGCCGAAGCUGUUAGCGCUGCUCUGGGCGGCAAUUCCGAUUGCGUUGUCCCAGAGCAACUAUGCGUCGCAGGGCAACAGCAUCGAGUAUCAGCCGGGACUGCCGCCGAGCACAGUCCUCGACGGCAAGGUCACCAAGCUGGACGACAUCUCAUCGAUUAUAUUCCUGAAUCGAACGAAGGCCAAUCUCAACUGCGGACAGGGUAGCAUGGAGGUCGAUCUCAAGUUCGAGGAGCCGUUCUACGGGGUGGCUUACGCCGACUUUGAUCGCAACAGCGCCUGCAUAUUCAAGGGACGAGGCGCGACCACAGCCAAAUUGGAGCUACCUCUGAAGGGAUGCGGCACCAAGCAAGAUCCGCUUCGCGUAUUCACCAACAAUGUGGUCGUUCGCUUCCACCCCGGAUUAGAGAUGGACGGAGAUGAGGUUAUCACUAUAGUCUGCAGAUAUCCUCCACCCGUGGCGCCGAUACCUCCCGCGCCGCCAGCCAGCAUAUCAGCCACGAUGGCGCCCGCGCCGGUGACCGAGCCGCCGCUCAAGGGUUUCCAGAUCCUGCUGAUUAUCUGCGCGAUCCUGUUCCUGUCGCUGCUGCUGCUGGGCCUCGGCUGCUCCUACAUGUGCCUGAAGCGGCGCAACGUGCGCGUGGUGCAUCGGCACCCGUUCGAGAGCGGCACCGGCUCCGAGAUAACGAAGCUCUCGGGCUCGUCCCUCAGCAACAUCACCAUGUUCGAGGGCCUGAAGAUACCCCGCGCGCACGCCCUCCUCCACGCGGCCGCGGCGUCCACUUCCGGUAGCGAGGCGAAUCUCGUGAUCGAUCAUUCGGACACGCUGCCGAGCGACUACCCGAGCGAGAGCCACUCCGAGGUCGACGAGGAGCGCUCACUACCCGUAUCCUCCGCCGGAUCCUACGACAACAAGGCGUUCGUUCACGAGGUGCAGCAUCAGCGACAAGUGGAUAUGCGCACCUCGAGCUCCCUGUAUUCCGAGACAGUCGCCGCCGAGGUGGAGACCUCAUCGAUGACGGCCGCGAACGCGUCUCGAAUCAUGGUGCCACGUCAUCCAGUAGCCGUGCCGAUCGAGCCUAAGUUCGACGUGCAGAUGAGAGUGAAGCGUGCGCCGCCACCGCCACCGAGUCCGCUGCCAUCGGAAUCGGACGUGGCGAGCGUCGCCCUCGAGAGGAACCUGACGACCAUCCUGGAGAGAGAGGAGUCCAGCCUCACCCGCUCGCUGGAGACCGCGCCUUACCGUAUGACGACCUUCUCCUAUGUCCCCGAGCUUCACGGUCCACCAGGAGGCGCGUCGUCCAUCUCCACCAUUUCCCGGCAACAGACGCCGCCGGUCUACUCGAGGAUCCUGCGUAAGCAAGCGGAGAGGGAGACCACCGUGAUCCAAGACAAACUGUCCUCGCCUGUAUCCGAGCAACCGCCGUUGCAACAUCACGAGAUUCGCCGACCCAGAUCCCUGACCUCCCUCAAUACCGAGCUCACUGAGACCCGCUCGCUCACCGAAGUGACAGACGCCUCUCACGCUAAGUACCGGGUGGCGAGUAUUCUCGCACCUACUCCGCCCCCGCCGCCGCCAAUCGCACCAACCACCUCCAGCACCACGACCCACACUGCUAUUCAACAUCGCGAGCACCGUCUGCUGCGCGACGAGAUGACCGAGCCGUUGGUGGAGCCGCAAGUGGUCGCACCCCGUCGCCCGGAGAUCACGACCCACGAGGUGGACGACGUGUUCCUGAGAACCGUCACGGAGAAGAAGACCAUCGAGGACGUGGAGCGUCAUUGCCGUCAAGUGACUGAAUACCGCGCUAGAGCGCAGCCGCCACCGGAUCUCAAGUGGGAUGUCACCAUCAGAAACUAUCCGACGGAGGAUUUACCACCGCCGCCGCCCGAAUGGGAGAACUUCUCUGACGUCAGCUCGGCCUCCAACCUGACCAUCACGAACGAGCCGACGAAUCAUCUGACGGACACCGUCAUGGACGAUGAGCCUGAUGUCAACAUCGAGCCGACGUAUACCACUCGCGCCGAGAUACCCUGCAGACCUCCGCCGUCGGCGACGCGUCGUUCCCUGGACGACUCCGACGCCGACUGGUACACCAGGCUGGCGCGCGUGCUGGAGCCACGUUACGCCUCCGAGCUGACGGACGAAGAGCGCGCCAAGUGGCGCGAGAUCAUCACGACGGAGAGCACGUUGCGGACCUUGUUGACGGAGGCGGUGGUGAAAGAGGACUACGAGCUGAUACGGAAGGAUGCGAGAUACGUGAAUCUCUUCCCACCCGCCAAGUGGGACGUGAUCAUACGGAUCUUGGGGCCCCCGUCGGCGCACACCGGCUCCACCUCGUCCUCCAGCCACGGCAAGAACCAUGGACAACGGUACAAGCGCUCCAAGUCGUCCGAGUGGGACAACAGGUCCCGGCGAUCGUCUCUGCCCACCCUGUACGAGUACGAGAGCGAUGGCGGCAGCUCAGCUCGUACCUUGGGCAAUCAGAGCCACCACCUGCAGGCCUCGCAGUCCGCCACGACCGUGACGGCGCAGAGCGUCGGCCGUUCCCGGCGAUUCGCCGGUUCCAUCCACUCGCGCGGCGCCGGAGGAGCCGGCAGCGAGGCUGACUUGAGGUCAAUGUCCGAGAUGACGGUGCGCGACUUCGCCAGGGUGGACAGGGACGAUCUGACCAGCUUGAGCUCCUUCGAGGGCGCGGACUCUCUGGUCAGAUCGCUCAGCCAGCCCAGCUUGGCGAGGUCGGGCUCUGAGUUCACUGAGCAUUGGGGCAUGCCUUCGGGCAUCAUGGAUCUGCCGCAAUGGGCGACCGAGCACGACGGCACCAGCUCGGUGGAGACGACGCCGCGCGCGAUUCGACGGGGCGACCGCCUGGAGGUGCUCGCCUCCUUCGACGAGCACAGACGCGCCGGCCUCGGCCCGUCUAUCGCGAGAUCUAGCCGGUACAGCGAGAGGGAGCUCAGCGUGCGCGUGACGGAAAGUCAAAGGGCCUCGGAUUGGUUCCACGACAACAAUUCCGAGCCAGAGAUGCAGAUCUGAGCAGGCGGAAUCGUAAACUCUCGGUCUUUAUCCUCGAGCUCUCUUUACGCACGGAGGCGACACUCCUUGAUCUCGAGACGAAGGUUCCACGGGGGAUCGAUGGAAACGAACCUUGAUGAUACAGGCAAUCCGUAUUAAUAGUCGUUACUUGAAACUUACCUCAGGUGAGAUAGUCAGAUUUCAAUUUAGGUUUGUAUUAACCUUUUCAGUAGUGAUUUAAAAUGACUGCGCGAUUUCCUUUAGGGGUUUUUUUUUAAAUAAGCAUAUCUGGAUUUCCCUUUUCUAUAUUUUUUUUUAAGAAUUUUGAAAAAUAGAAUACGAAAUGUAUCUGAUUUGUAUUUGCUACGAGUUAAAAAAUACAAUAGUUUCAGUAAAUCAGAAGAAAUUUUAUAUUUUCUUAUGGAACUUUUCCUGGUAUACUACUUAAAGGGUUAAUAAUCGUUACUUAAAACUUGUCUUACUCUUAAAUAGUCAGGUCAGUAUUAAUAGUUGUUACUUGAAACUUGCUUCAGGUGAGAUACUUAGAUUUGAAUUUAGAGAUAGAUGUAAGUUUUUAGCUAGAUAGCGAUUAUAAAUAUAAUGUCGCACAUAUUAUAUAAUUCAAAUGAACAGCUCAAAUUUCACUCUAAAUCCAGAUCUGAGUAUCUCACGUGAGACAAGUUUCACGUAAUAACUAUUAGUGCAGGCCUUAGAGUCAGACCUGAGCUUUUAGAAUUGCAAAUCAACUGAAAAAUUCACAUUUAACUCAACAUUUAAGUCUGAGUAUCUCAUUCGAAAUAAAUUUCAAGUAACGACUAUUAAUACACGAAGAGAGAAAGAGAAUACUAUAGUUUCUUUUUUUAUAGUAAAUACUUUCCAAUUUCACUAUCUUUCUAACGGUGUAAGAAUCGUCUGUCAGUAGGGUCUGUCUCGUUAAGAAACAUAGUAAAUUUCAUCAGAGACAUAGCAAAUUUUUUAAUAACUCUGUUCCUGAGAUAUAAAUAGCAUAUAUGAAAAUAUAAUCAGUUAACCAGAACGUCGAUUUAUUUCUCGAUAUGUGUGUGUUUUACAGCAAUUUCCAUAUAAACUCUAUAGCAAUUUUCACUACGAAAUUCUCUCUAUGUACAGAUUUAAGAGUUAGAUGUGAGUUUUCCAGUGAAUUGCGAUUACGCUACGAGAACGUCGCAUACAUUAUAUAAUUCAAACAAAGAACUCAAGUUUAAUUCUAGAAUUAGGUCUGAGCAUCUCACGUGGAGUAAGUUUCAAGUAACGACUAUCAAUACGGUCUCUUCGCAAAGUCGAAGCUCGAUGUUUUUUAAUUCGUCGAGUAGUGGACGUUUCAGUUGCUCGCGUCGAAGAUUUCUCGACAAAACUUUCCUUCAUUUUAAUCGAGAACUGAUUCCCGUUCUUAUCAAGAAGCGGAGUGUCCUUCGCGUUAACAGAUGUAGACAUCAGACCCCCGAGAGAUCGAGCGGUUCAGAGUCAUAACUAUGAUCGAGAUUGAAACUUCAAGAUGCUGUCUGAAGGUUGCGCGCGCAGUACUUCGCAGAGUGGGAGCACAUCACUUAGUAGCGAAACAAGGUAUAUAUGUGCCGCUCGGAGGAUUAAAGGAUAUAUCGCGAAAGAAGUACGUCAAAGUCGAGUUCUCGUGCAACUACCAACAUGCUCUCGCAUGUUGCUCCAUUCCGUCGCGUCACGAUACGACGUAUCGCGAGCACCACUCGCAUCUGUUUUCUCCUUUCCUUUUCCUUCACCUACGGCCGUUCUCCCCUCCCCAUUCCCUCUGAUCGAGUAUGUGCACGCGGCUGUGCACGCGGUUUCAUUAAUGUCCAAGCACACACACGUACAUUCACAGACAUUAUUAGAUCUACAGUUAGUAAAUAUUUUGGACUAGCCGUGUCCCGAGUCGAAAUUUCGACCCUACUUUUGAUUCCAAUAUUCCACUCGAUACUCUGAUAUUUCCACUUUGAUAUUUCUACCCUUGAUAUUCCUACUUCGAUACUCUGAAGUCUAAAUCAAUCAGUUCAGAGAAGAGAAAUCCUUCUCAGAACCUACAGGUGGCAUUUUCUGCGUCUUCUGCUAUUUAGAGGUACUAAAUAAUAUUUCAGUCUUCAAUGAAGACUCUUCAUAUGCACGGAUGCUGGAAAGUUUCAGGUCGAAAGAGCACAGAUAAAAUUUCGACUCGGCGUCUCUUUCUACAUAUGCAUUUAUUAUGAUUUUUGAGUAUCCGAGAAAUUGGGAAAGACGUUCGAAAGCAGCCGUGAUAGUUCAACAAUUUGGGUCUUAGUUCGCGCAAAUUGAUGUUUUCCAUUCGUUCAUACGUUAUGCAUAAUUACGCAGAAGAGUGUUAUAUUUAGACUUCCAAUUUCCUCGCUGUUCUUCUUUUUAGAACGAUUCUUGGAAGAUUUAUCUACUGUUCAUACACGUCCAGGUUUUCUAAAUAUACUUUCAGUGCAUAGUAUGACUUUCCAGCUGAUCAUUUGUAACGCAUGAGCGGACAGAACGUCAUUCUACGCGAACUAAACCUCCGACUAUCACGGCUGCUUUCGAACACCGUUCCUGAUUCCUCGCACACUCAACCGUCACGAUGAAUGCGUAUGUAGAAAAGGGCACAGGGCUAGUCCAAAAUAUCUAGCAAUUCUAGACUUAGUAGAUGUUCAGAUAUUAAUCCGGGUCUAUAAUAGGUGUAGUGAGCCUUUAGUCUCACGCUCUAAGAUCUAUAAUUUCUGGCAAAGUGCGUUUUCCGCGCCGCUUUAACAAUUGGAAUCUGGCCAACUCGCUUAAAGCCGGGGAUCAUGACUUGGGGAUCACGCGGCAGUAGGAAACGUUUAUAGUCGAAAAUUACGCCACAAUUUUGAGCUUAGAACAUAAGACCAAAAGCCUACUACAUCCAUGGUCCAGAUUUGAAGCCGCGAGUGUACAUACAAAUGGAUGCUGCGUUCGCCUCACUCCCAGGCGGAACUUUCUAUGCAUGAUCGAUAUCUUGCCAAGAAUGACGCGCAGUAGCGACUUGCGCGAUCGCUGCAAAAUCCACUUAUUCGCGCCGGCUGGUCAGCCGCGUUUCUUCCUCGCGUUCUUACGUCGAUUACACACGUUGUCCUACUUCCCCCUCUGGUGGCCCCCUCACGGCCGUUCACUGACGAUUUCGUCCUCGCGCCCGACAGCUCUCAAGGACUCGCACACACGCUCAACCGCGGGGAUUCCGAAUCGCCCCAAUUGCGAGGAUCGCCUCCGUCCGUCGCGUCAAGAUCUCGCCCGAUGUCGCAAUAUCCCGAAAUUUCGGAACUUCGAGAGACCGCCACUCUCUUCACACGUCACUCGUGAGACGCGAGACGCGGCGUCGUGCGAAUUAUACCGCAGUCUCGAUCUCAGGCGCGAGUGGGUCUGCAGAUUCUGGCGGGACCUCCAUUAGGGUAACUAAGGUAGGGUGUCCAUAUCAUUGUGCCUGUUCCUGUUAGUUAAUGUUAAUUAGUUUCUAUUUAAGUAAGCCAUAAAACUAACUUAAACUUAAUAGGAAAAGUAUUUUUUAUUAAGUUUAACACUUUAAAUUAACUUAAGAAAAUACUUCUCCUAUUUAUUUAUGCUAGUUUUCUUUUUUAUGGCUUAUUUAAGUAGAAAGGCAGACUAAUAGAAACAGGCACACUGAUAUGGGCAAUUAUCCUACGGGGACCGUUCCUAUUGCGCGAAUUAAUCCAUCAACGCCUGUCUAGCGACUUUGCUUGCUUUGCUUUGAUUGCGGCUGGUAGCCGCACGAUCGUGUCGCAUCACUUUACACACGUAUAGUGACACGUGUCUUUCACAAAUAGUAAAAGAAUAACCGCAAUAAUCCAAUUCGAAAUAAUUACAAAAUAUUUACUAACACUAUUUUUCAUCAUAUACUUUGUGUGUUUUGUGAGACUAAAUCAAAAUAUAAUAUUGGAUAUUAAUAAUUAGGAUCAAGUAACUAACUUUCUAAAUCAAGUAACAAGUAUAUCAUAAAACUUGAUGACAGCUCCCGAGUCGUAAUUUUGAUUCUACUUUCAAUCUUACUAUUCCAUCCAAUAUCUAUUUUGAUGCUCUAAAAACCUACACCAACCUCUUCUAACUCUAUUUCAUAGAAUUUCAAUCUUUACUACAGUAUUUUCUCCGUGCAUGUGACGCUCGUAUGAAAAAAUCAUAUUCAAGAACCCGAAAUCAAAAAGACAUUAUACUUAGCAUUCGUUAUGCGUCUAGGAUAAAGCUUCAAAGUCGCUUGAAAGGUAUCUCAGAGCCACCCCUUAUAGAAAUAUCAUACUAAGAAUCAUUGAUAAUUACUUAUUUUCAAUAUUAAAAAUACUGGAUAAUAAGUAAUUAUCAAUGAUUCUUAGUAUGAUAUUUCUAUAAGGGACGGGCUUCGAUGGAUUAUUAAUCGGCAAUCCGUUCGACAGUCACCCUUUUUUUUUCACGAUCCACGGGGACAAUGCGAGAGGUAGGAAAUCGCAACGAUGGGAAAGUAACGAGUACUAAUAAUAAUAAUGAUGAUAAUAAUAAUAAUAAUAAGAAUAGAGUAUAAUAAUCGCGUCGAGGGAUCGAGCGCGCGACGCGCGGCUCGUUCUCAGCUUCCUAACGUCCGACAGAUCGCCGCGAUCUCCCUCGGGGAUCGCACGGGGUGACCACGCGAGUAAACACCGCCCCCUUCUGUCCCGUCCCUCUUUACCCCAUCCACCCUCCCCCCCUCGUCGGCGGUACAACUGCGAUAAUAGUCUUACUUAAGUAGGUAACGAAACACACGGUGCUGGGUUAUACGCUUCAAACGUUAGCUAGAAUCUCCUUCUUGAAGAACAUUCAGCCAACCCUCCCCCGUCCCCUCCCUCCCUCUUCCCGCCCAUCCUCCCUUUGUCCACAAGCCAAUCUCCUGAUUUAUGAUGUAUAAUCGUCGGAGUACCCGGACUCGGCCGAGAGAUAGCUGGCGUAUACCGACCGACACGGUAUGUACGCGCGUAGAUAGGUGUAUUUGUGUAAUUAUACGUACUUAUAUACGGCUAUAUCAUGUAUAUUCUCACACGCACGCGCGCGCGCGCAACUAUCUCUAAUAGUGAAUUCGGCAGCUUGCACUAGUGCGCAUUGAGUGUGCGUUAAGACUUAUUUACAGUACAUUCUUAUAUUUAAGAUUGUGUUUUAAAUACAUAUUUAAAAACAUUUUAACUAAUAAAAUGAUUCGUACGGAUGUUGUACAUAUCAUAUUAUCGUUAAAAAUAUUUGAUAAUUUAUUUAAGACAAUCUUUAAAUAUAAUAACAUACUAUGAACAAGCCCUAAUGCGCACUCAGUACGCACUAGUAUAAGUAACCGAAUUCGCUAUAACUCUCUCCGCGCGCGUUAUCCACGACGCAGUCAUCAGGGGCGCUCACGAAAGGGCCCGUUCUCCUUUGAACCCUGAACCGCGGGACGGAAAUUCGGGGCUUGCCGAUUUCCGUCGAUGCGGGUCGAUUAACGUCGGCACGUUAAUAACGACGUAUAAUUCCCAUGCGAUUGCGCGCGUAAUCGCCGGAGUUUCUCUCCCCGUUCGCGGCUCCCCGGCAAUCUCGGAAGAAGAACCUCGCAGACGCGAACGACGAUGACGCCGUCGCGUUUUAUGUGCCCGCGCGCCCCUUUAAUAUUAAUGGAUACACGACGACGGCGGGCCGAGUGACUCGGAAUAAUUUCGCGAGUUUUCAGCGCGGUGAGACGCGAAAUGGCGCGCAACGACGUAAGACAUGACGACACAAUACAAUACUCGUGUCUGCACAAAAUCACAGUGCCGUGUCACUCGGGAUAUUCGAAAUUUGCGAAAUGUACGCCGUCUUAAUUAUUCCCGUGCAAUCCCGCUGUUCACUGUUCAGUGUGUAUUAUGUCAGGUUACUGCGAGAGACAGUUGUCGGUUUCCCGUUAAAUUCUCGUGGUAAGUUUGGAUAUCAGAGGGGAAAUAGCGAAUCCUCGUGAGAUCUCUACAAAGUGCCGAAUAUUUUAUUCGUAAUAAUAACACUGCUCGACGGGGCCAUUCGUCAUAUAGAAUGAUGUAUUUUGGAAUCACAUGGAAUUUCUGAUGUAUUCUUUUAUUCUUUGUAGAAUCCGAAAGUGAACUUGGAUUUUCUCCAUCGCCAACAAUUUUCUGUGACUGUCACCUGAGAUUUAAUAUAUUGUAUAUGGGACAUAUCACGCAAUUCGCACAAUCUGAUAUAAUUUUAAAUUUUUUAUAAUGACUUUUUAUACAUCAAUAUCAAGUAUCUUCUAUAAACCCUCCAUUUAAGCAAUUUGCUUGUCUAUAAAAAUAUUUCUUUAACAAAAAUUUAUUAAGAUUCAUGAUUUUCUUCUUUUUACGUGAUUUUUCUCUAAUUAGGCACAAAAUACGACAAAAACUGACACGACACUUUCUACUUUUAGAAGUAGCUUAUCAAAAGUCCGCCGAAAAUCAUUAAUUUCUUUAAGCUUUCUCAUUAGCUUGUAGGACGAUAAAAAUUGCUAUAUAGAUCACAUAAUUUCAUUCAUAAUUUCAUCCCAAAAAAAGUUUCCUUUCCUAGAUCAGUGUUAUUAAUCGAAAUUGGAUAAUUCCGUCUUGUGUUUUAUUCGGCAAACAUGACGAGUUUUUCGCAUCAACCUAAUAAUUCAUAUAUUGUGACGUUUGAUUGUGACGUUUGAUAAAUAAGGGUACUACUCUAUUAAGAGAACACUGGCAAGAGAAACGACUGCUUUUGUCGUUAUAUAUACGCAAUUCACUGUCGAGUAUGCGCGAAUGAAGCAUGUACGAAUUAAAAUCGAUAGCCCGAGUUUCUGUCGAGCCGAAUGUUUGUUUACGAGAUAAAUCCGUCCAAAGGUUUGGAAUUAAUGUUACACGAUUUUGCAUUAAGCGCACGAUUUUCUGCGAAUUUUGUAGAGAGAUGCGUAAAGAGAUAUACGAGAAAAGAGAGAGAGAAAGCGAAAGUGAGAAAAAGAGAGAGCAGUUGUUUGACUCUCUCCCCCCAGUAUGCGACACUGUAAAUCAAAAUCAGCGCAAUAAAGUUAUGCAUAUUUUAAUCAUCGGGAACGAACAUCGCGAUCGGCGUUAAGCGCGCACGCAGGUCGAUGAAUAAAACAUAAAGUGCGCGGAGCAUGAAAGGAAUAUCAAGCGCGACUAAUGAGGUAAUAAAUCAUAGUGAGAAAUUACUUAACAAGUCUUAUCAACGUCCGAGUUUUCGCCGAUAAAUUUCACCGGUCUCGCGGAACGUCUCUCCUGCGAGCACGAAGAAAGAAAACAAAGCGGAAAGAAAAGGACAAGAAAGAGAUCGCUGCAAGAUCGCGAGUAAAAAUUCGAAGAGAGGGAAUCGCUUAUGACAAGAAAAGCAACUAAUGAGACGCUUAUAUUUAACUCACGGAGACGCGAUUGAAACACGCCGAGCAACGGGAAGAGCAACGCAUCGCGAUCGUCGAGAGCUUCUAUCGGGUGCAAUAGUCGCGUUGUAUAUCGUUAGGAAUUAACGUAACGGAUAAUUCUUAGAUUUUAUACAUAUUUUAUAUAUAUGCUUAUAUGUAUACAUAUAAUUUUUAUAUCGAAUUUUCCGGCGAAAAGACGGGUGCGAAUCGCGCUUGGAUUCGAUUGUCUCUUCCGACAAUCGGACGCGUGCCCGCGUAAUAAUAGGUCUGCUCUUUUCAGAUGAAUUACGUUGUAUUCUUUGCUUUUUAAAGCUCUCUAGAUUUCCUGGGCUCUUACCCAAAAUAGGUGAAAAGUGGCAGUAUUUUCACUCGAAGCGAUAGCGAAAGUACUAUGCCACUCGAAACCGCAAGAGCGAAUGUCUCACUCAAGUCUUGCAGAUAUUAAUAGUCGUCACUUGAAACUCGCCUCAAGUGAGAUACGCAGAUUUGAAUUUAGUGUUAGAUUUUUCGAUUGAAUCGCGAUUACAAGUAUGACGUUGCACAUAUUAGACGAUUUAAAUAAAAAGCUUACAUCUAACUCCAAAGUCAAAUUUGAAUAUCUUAUUUGAGGCAAAUGUAACUAUUACAGCCUUAGAAUAAAUUCCGACUCCAAAUGAACAAAUGUUUCAAUCGAUUAGAAUGCAUAAAUUGCUGUGAUUGUGAAGCACAUCAAAUUCAUACUUUAAUUUCGAAUGGAAAUAUUCACUCGAUGAGCUUAAAAGAACCGGAGAGUUUACUUUAUACACAGUUAAAAAUCUUGCAAAAAUCUUUAACAAGUGUUAAAAUUUCCAUAUUUUACCCAUUUUUUACUGUUAUUUCAAUAUAAAAUUAACAUACUAACGAUAUGUUAUUAUUUUCGUGAUGUUUUAAUGUGUUACAUUAAUGUCAACAUAAUAACUUAACGUUUUUUAUAUGUCACUUAAAAAUAGAAUAUUAUUUUGAGUUCCUUUAACCUAAUUAUUAAAAAAAUGACAUUUCUUAAAGUUAAUUUAAUAUUAACAAGAAUUAAAAAGCGAGUCUUCAAAUCACUGUAAACUUUGACAUAUAGAAUAACCAAAUUUAUUAAGAGAAAAUUCUAUCACGAAUAAGUAAAGUUAAAGAAAUUAAUACCAUAUAUUAAUGCAACAUGAAAAAUAAGCGUUCAUCUUUGUUCACAUUAUAUGUUCACAUUAUAUUGUUCACAUUAUACCAUAUGUUCACAUAACACGAACAAAAAUGUCCCAUUGACAUCCUUUACGAGUUAUUUUAAUUACUCCUCCGUGUAUUUUUUUUUUACUAUUCUUUAUAUUAAUUUUACAUUGAGCUUAAAGUCAACAUAACAAAUAUAAAUGUAAGAAAAAAAAAUGGUGAAUGCCAAUUAAUUAACAUUCGUAACUCAUCGAUAAGUAACACACCACACGAAUGAAUCAUUUUUAACUAAAAAUUAAAGUAUACUUUCUAGAAUAUGUAAAGAAUGUUAAAACUAACAUUUUAUUUUUUAUUGUAUAUAAGUGGAAAAUCACUCGAAUUUGAGUCGAUAGUUGCUCUCUAUUUAUCAAGUGAAGUUUCCAAGAAAUUUAGAGAGAGUGAAACAAGUGCACAACCUAAAGUUGAAGACGCCAGGUCUUCGACGAAAAAGGAAGAGGAACGAAGUUCCAGUGCAGCGCUAGUUCAGCUAAAAUUAGCAGACCUAUUAAUGAUAUUCAUCCGGGCGCGAACGCUACGAAUGGGUGCUACCGGGGAUGUACAUAACGAAAUGAAGGAUCAAAUUGAAGGAAAACACAGAGAGAAGAAGAAGUAGAAGAAGAGAGAGAGAGAGAGAGAGAGAGAGAGAGAGAGAGAGAGAGAGAGAGAAAGAGAGAGCUAUCUUCAGCAAAGUAGUUGGAAGGUAACGCUAGAAGAACGUUCUCUUCGCGGUUGCUAUUCGGCGAGAUGCGGUGAGUGCUUAAGUUCAAAACUAAACAUUGUAACUCUUAAUAAGCGCCGACAACCGUAACGAGCCGCGCGCCUGAGCAUGUUGCAAAUCACGUAACCCACGUCGCUUCAUAUUACUCUGCGAGAGAUUAACUGAAAACGCGCGGCUCGACUUGGCGCUGUCGAAGCUCACAUUCGACGAGAUAACGUGUCUCGACGAUGAUUAGGAGAUGCGGAUGAACGGGGAUGUGUAACACUUCGUGCGAGUUCGGUGAAUAUGGCUAUUAAUAAAUUGGUUAUUGAAAGCGGCUUGUAUUGUUAUUCACUUAUUGCCGAAUAAACUUGAUGAUGCCUGCA